GGGGGAAGAGUGGCUCCCUCGCGCGGUUACGUUGUCUCAGUCGAGCCGUGUGCCGCGUCGCGGUAGGGUCACAUCGCUCGGUUACUCUGCAGUUCCGUGUAUACGAAAGAAAUAAACAGAUCGCGUUUACGCAAAUAUAUCCCUCAGUUUUUCACGAUCAUCAAUUCACCCGUGUCCGUUAUUGCUAGUCAUUUGACUACGUCGCACUCGCUUUCUGGCGGAUAUAUUUAUUCGUACAAAUAAAAAACGUUCGUCAGGACAAUUACCGGAUUUAUCUCAAAAGUGUCAGUGAUAUAAAAAUCCCCGAGACAACCAAUGAGAUUGAGAAUAAUUUCAUUGGAAGACUUGGAUACCACCAAGUGCAACUAAAGUUUCAACGGAAAAAUCAAAACGGCGCACGCGUUGUCAAGCGUCCGCGUGGUACGCCAGACAGAGUGUAACGUACGCGCGGUCUCCAGAGAACCCCGAGAAUUUCAGGGUCGAGUGGCGCACGAGCCGGCAACGAGGUUGGAUUCGCUCCUCGAUGAUGGGUAAGCCUGUGGGGUUUCACUGAAAAAAAUCAUAUUUGACGUUUGAGAGGACAACUUGAAAUAAACUGAACAAUAAGACUCAAUUGUCAAAAUAACGAGUUGAGUAACGUCUGAAUCUUGAGAAUUAGGGCCUUCGAAGCGAAUGACAAAAAAAAUCAAGAUAAUAAUAAUAGUUCAGAGUUUUGGGUGAAUCUUUCGAUUGUGACUCGAUGAGAUAAAAAUCUGGUUUACCGGCGACUUCUUAGCCUGGAAGAUAAAAAAACGAUACAGGGAGAGAGAGAGAGAGAGUGAGGAGGAAGGGACCUGGAACGAUAAAAAGAAUAAAGAGGGUAAAGCGCUGCAUAACCCGCCCGCGCGUUUUGUGAAAAAAACGCACGUGAAGGGGAGAGAGAGGUGGGACAGAAGAGGCCCCUGAGGAGAGAGACAGAAAAGGUUGGGGAGUGAGACGAGGAGAACAACGAGGGCCUCCAAGGUCGCCUGGCUCCGUACAAGAGCGCCUCGGCAAUUUCUUUUUCACCGUUUUUCACAUCGUCCUCUUCUCUCCUUUCCUUUUCAAUCUUCUUGCCCUCCCCCGCUCCCAUUGGGCCGGGGAAAAACGAGAGAUCCCUGAAUUUUGGGACAACUGUCUUCCGGCCAUUGAAUCUUCCAACUUUAAAUCACCUUAAUCGGUGAAUUUUUCAACUGUUAUUCCUGGAUUUUGCAACAACGUGAUAAUCAAUUACGGAAAAUUGAUUUUUUGUGAUAUUUGUGGUCGUGGUAGUGUUCAGUUUAAUGUGUCGUGUGGUUAGUGUGUGCAUGUGAUAUUCGCGAGUUAAAGGAUUUCGGUUGAAACAGUCACCCCUCGAUCGUUUGUUUGUCUCUCUUUCGUACUGAUAGCUUCUCGGUGAUCAAGGAGAUAGCGGGAUUAUCGGGAGUGUAACUGGAGAAAAAGAGUAAAUAGAGGAAUAAGACACACCUUUGGUGAUCAAUAUUUGUGCCACUCAAGGAAUCGUAUGCGUUGUAAGCGGUAGAGAUGACGUGUCACGCGGAUUUCACUCUCGAUCGUCAUUGAACUGUUAUUGAACUGAUUAUUUCGAAUUUGAAAGGUUAUUUAACUGAACAAAUAUGACUAUCGCUAGUAAUAUCGUAGUUGAGUGGUUGCGAUCCCUUCAUCUGGGUCAGUACUCUGAAUCAUUCAUCGAUAAUGGAUACGAUGAUCUCGAGAUAUGCAAGCAAAUUGGUGAUCCUGAUUUAGAUGCUAUAGGUGUGUUUAAUCAGAAUCACCGAGUUCGAUUACUCCAGUCAGUGAAAACCCUCCGGGAGGAGGGGGCCGCUAGUGUUUACUUUACCCUUGAGGAGACAAAUGACUGUUUGUGUGACAAUGUCAGCUCAAAGUCAUCGAGAACAUCGUCGGAGAGACCGCCUAGUGAUAAAGAGGCGCAGAGGGCAUCACCCACAGCUAGUUCGUCAAGUGGUGGACAGGAGUUAACCAAGUUUGCUGAUGAGUAUGAGGAGGGCAAGGCUGAACUUGUCAGAAUACCGAGGAUGCAGCUCAAGAUUUUGAUUCAGGAGAAACUUCGACAUGAUGGGAUUCGACUUGCUUGUCAGCCGUAUACAACACCGGAGGGUGAGCAGGGAUACUUGGAGGGACUGGCAUCAAGGUACGCAGACCUCUUCAGAACGCAUUACGGUGAUGUCCUGGAGCCCCUCGAGGAGCUCCGACGCCGUGAAACAAAUGCCUCACCGCGAAUACCUAACACUCAGCUCACAACCAGUCAUUCGCAACCCAUUUACGUACCCGGAAAAUACUCGCCUUCAAGUUGCCUGAGUGACAAGGAAGAAGACGAAAUAUAUGGCUUUGGAUAUGGUGUUUUUGGUCGCCAAAUGCUUCAACAGAGGCAGCAGAAACUCGCUCUUGCCACUCAAAACCCCACCAUUGGUCUCACUGGCCAUCAUCAAACAUACCAAAGUUGCCUGAGCCCGAGAUCAGCAUUCUUCUAUGAAUUUCCUCCUAACGAGCAAGGACAGAACACCAGUAAAAAGAAAACGACGUUCUCACGACUGUUGAGGGGACUGAAGACACACAGAAAGGAGAAGCAGGGUCAGUCACAGGGUUCGCCAAGGCACGGGCGUGCAAGAAUGGGAGUGCCACAGAGGGUGGACACACCAGACAGUGUACUACAGAGUGGUCUUGGGUUAGGCUCUGAUAUGGGCCACACAAUCCUGAGAUCUAUGGUGGAUCCUCGAGAUUAUGACAGACUCAAGUAUUUUCAAAUGAAUGGGGGACAAGCCAACAGCUUCGAGGAAACUAUUCACAGGUUAAAGGUCCAAGACGCCCUGAGGAAGAAAGAGCGCUUCCACAAAGAACAUGAAGAGAUUCUGAGAGACAUUCGGCAGGGUCUGAUGCAGUUGGGAAGAGACGGUCGAGGUCAAAAUCCUGGAGAUGACACGUACAUGUAUGACGAGGAUGCUAGGUGUGGGGGAGCCAGUGGCCUUGGACCAGGGCCGGGAGGACAGCAUUGGUAUGACGAGCCACCCUAUGAAUCUGAUCCUGAAGAUUUUCUCAUGGGCGCUAGUGGAGGACCUGUGCCAACAGCUACUAUUCAAAAUGGACGAGUAUGUUUCACCCUAAACCUUCGACCCGAGAAUCGUGGCGAGGGUGUGAUAUCCCUUCGGACAGCGGGUGACAUAAGCCUCCCUCGUGAUCGUUCACGAAAAGCAGCAAUGUCGACAAUGAGAGGUCUCAUUGUCCCUCAGGGACACAACAAUCCACCAACCAUCAUUCCACUCACGCAUUCCAGAGCAUCACGCGAGAGUGGUGAUUACGCCAGCAGCGACGUACAGAAUGUGAACUCGAGAUUGUCGUCUGUGUCGGUGGACAGAAGCGAGAUGAUAAUGAUUGGUCAACUUCACCACUGUCCCCAGUACCACUAUCAACGCCACCAAUCAACCAACAAUUACCAAUGCCACUCAUCGUCACCCCGUAGCAAUCAACGUCGUCCUGUAGCAACUACCUCAGCUAGUAUCACAAGUACAGAGGUCAAAUCGUCGAAACCUAUUCCACGACGUAGCAAACACGAAUACAGUCGGAGCAGCGGUGAGGAGGGUUUAUCACCAAGCCAAUCGAGUGAUUACGAGGACCAGGAGGAAUUAGAGAAUCAACAUUCGGCAGCCGUUCAUACAUCGGAGGCUAGCGCUCUUCUGGAGGGUGACUCUAGAGCCGGAAUAGCGGGAAGAGCGAGGAAUUUAAGGCACGAUGUCCAGAGGAAAAUUACGAGACUGAGGCAAGACAGGGCGUCCUCCGAGGCAUUUCCAUGCAGUGCCAGUAGCGUUGAGAGCUUGCCCAGUGGUAGUGGAUCAAGUACACAGGCAUUGGUGAGAGCUGGUAGCAAUCACAGCUCGAUAUCUUGUGAGGAUAGGGAUGCUGCUAGUCCUACGUCCAUUGGGCCGGUACUCUGUCGAGCCAAAGCACUCGUCGAUUGUACACCGAGUCCGUAUGAUAAGGAUGCAUUAAAGUUUAAGAAAGGCGAUGUGAUCGAUGUAGUACAGAUGAAUACAAGUGGCCUCUGGAAAGGAGUGGUUCACAGUCGUAUUGGCCACUUCAAGUUUAUAAAUGUUGAGAUACUGAACGAACGAGUGCCUCGUCGUGGUGAGCCGGAGAGAGGUAAAUGGGGACAGAGAUAUAGACAAAAACCAGGUUCAGUUCAAGAGCUCUUACAGAGAAUGAAUCUUCAGGAACAUAUACCGGUGUUUGUUCUAAAUGGAUAUGAGGACCUGGAACUAUUCCGGGAACUCGAGCCGGCAGACCUCGAUUAUCUGCGUAUUCAUCAUCCCGAGCACAGGGCUAAGAUUCUCACUGCUGUGCAGUUGCUCCAUGAUCUUCAAUCCGGAAGUGAAGGUGACUUAGCCUCGAGUUCGGAAGGCGAUGAGAUGAACCGUCUAGCAUUGACAAGUCAAACACCAGGUCACUGUUCACCCUUCAAUCGCCGUCAGUUUCCCCGGGACUCCGGUUGCUACGACGCCCACAAAAAUCCUCGGCGCACAAUAAGCCCGGAGACCGGAAAACUCUCGCGGGAGAACAAUCUCAAUUCAUCAGCCGUACAGAAAUGCAGCGAAGCAACUGUGCACGUUGACGCCAAAGACGAUUACCAUCCGAAUAUAUCAAAUUCUGGUGCGGUAUCGAAGGAAGGACAGUUUGAGAAAUCUCCCCAAUUGCGUCCAGGUACUGGUAACGUCAGAUUUAUCGCCAAGAGAGGUAAUUUUGGGGAAACUGUUGUUAUCGGAGAUGAUGUGAGCCCUGGGAAAUUGGCAAUAUCCAAGUAUGGAGUAGGUGGUAGCAGUGAUCUUGGUAUUGGAUGUGAGACUGUUGCAACAGCUAGUAUUAAUCAGCGCGGAUGUUUGAGUGAAAAGUCAAGUGAUUCUGGUGUUAGUUCAUCUAGUAUCAGUUCAGCACCGCCACCCAGGGACAAAGCGCUCGUAACAGCUGUUGCUGAUUCACCAACUAAGACGUUUGGUAACUUUGCCAGGGGCUCACCCACAUCACAAGGAUCAAGUAAAUAGAAUAACAGUAGUUAUCCGUAAAUAUUCUAAUUAAUUCAUCUCCACCUGAAUGAACUAGGGAACUUGCAGAAUUUUUCCUCAAUUUUUUUAUUGUGAAAUCAUGACUCCAAUAGCAUAAUUCGCAAAAAUGUGCAAGAAUUGAUAGCCCAUACUGUCAGAAGAUCUGGUGUGAUCGCAACCAGUCGUAAAACGUAUUCAGGCUACUCAAAUUGGUCUCGUAAACAACUGAAUUAUCAUGGAUUAUCUGCGUCGUAUUCUCGUUUAAAAAUAAAAUUCAUGCAAAUUCCCGAUUCAUUGAGGAUUUUUUCCGUUAUUUCGUUGAAACCCUUUUAUUUCAUUCAAUGAAAAAUCAAACAGUCAAAUAAAUUCCAUUACUUUCCGAUCGCGACUCUUGAGGAUAGAAAGGGAAUGAGAAUAGGAUGGAAAUAGAAAAGCCAUUUGAUGGCCAAUUUAUUUUCCCAUGCUCACGAGAUAUUCAGGAAAAAAGACGUCCUUAUUUAACUUCAAAGAGAUAUGGUAAAUGUGGAGGAUCUUUGUAAAGCUCGUUGGAACGAGGGGAAAGGCCUAGGGUAUACCACUGAUUCAGUGAGUUAUACUUGUGAUAGUAGAUCGAUUUAGGUAGGAUUGAAGGAUUAUUGCAAUAAAUUAAUGAGCAGGAAAUAUCAAGAGAUUUUCGUCUUAAACAGACCACCACUUGUCUGCUUUUAUCUGUUUCAAUUUAAUUAUUUAAUUUUUUUAAUUUAGUAAUACUUGAGACCAACUUGGAUCAUCAACUGACCAUGUUCCAUCAAUCAGAACUGCCAAUAGAAUCGCUCAAAUUAAUUCUUUUAUACAUUUUUUAACAACGAAACUGAAAAAACUGAUUAAUAUAGAAUAAUAACAUAUCUCUCGAUAAUUUAUUUAAAAAUGUUUUGAUAUUGUUUUUUCUUUUUAUAUGUUGUCUUUUUUGAUCGCCAGCGGAACAGCUUAAAUUUUAUUGAGUACUGACGAUCGACAAUCUUCUGUCAUCGUUUUUAUUAAGAAAAUGAACGAUGACAGUGUAUAUAUUGUAUAUCAUCGGCAAUAGCAAUUAAUCGUUAAAAAUUAAUCGUCGGAAAGGAAGGGAAAAGUUGUUAGACAUACACUUGUAAAUAUUUAAUACCGAGAAAUGAGAAUGAAUAAUAUGUUUCUCAUGUCGGAUUUAACUCUGCCAAAACUCAAGACUAGAUUCUAUCUCGUAGAUUGAUGGAAAAAAAUGAAACACAAACGAGAAAAAAAAAUGACAUUUAUUAGAUACAUGAAUAUAUUAACGAACAAAAGUUGGAUUUUACGCGUCUCUGUAUAGUGUAAUUUAUUAAUGACUGAACAAUUGAAGUUGUAAAUAAAUAAAGUAUGAAUGAAAUUGAAUAUCUUGAAUAAUAAAGGUCAACAAUUAACGAAUUCCACUUAAUCGUUGCAUGUUUACAUUUUUCCAUCAUUAUCGAGUUACUUAGAGAUUAGUUUAAAAACAUGUACAUGCUUACCAAUGACUCAAUCAAAGGAUAAACAAGCCCAAUGUCUCAUGGUAAAACCCGGACGAGUGUGGAGUGACUUUUGGGGACAAUAUUCAAUUGAUAACACCUAUUAGUUAAUUUUAAUCUGGAUUCAGUUGACUGACAGGCUUCGGUGAUGUUGCUACAUAUAGAAUUUAUCCGUUCCAUCGAUCACAAAAAAAAAUAAAGUGUGUAGGGAAUAAUGAAAAUGAAAAUAAUUAAAAUGUUAACCAGUGACGAGUUUAUGAGAUUACAAUUUAAUAAACGAAAGAGAAAGAAAAUAGACGCGAUAGUGAUUUUAUUAGCUCGACAAGAAUGAUAUUGAAAGCGCGCAAGUAGUUUUGGUGUUAAAUUCAUCAUUUUUCGUAGUAAUUACAAUCCAGAAGAAUAAAUAAAAUACCUGUAACCCAUCCGAUUAUCAAUUCUUCCUCUAUCAGUGACUUCAGAUCCAUCGAAAAUAAUAAGAAAAUAUAAUUCAAAGAUAUCGAACAAUUGAUGUCUGAAAUUGAAAAAAAAAUAUUCGUAUAGGUUUUAGCAAUCUAGUCCGUAAUUGCUAAUUGGGGGAGAAAUUUUUUGUAUAUAAUGAGCAAAGGGAAAAUACGAAACAAAAGAAAUAUGAAACAUUUUUUAGCUGCGCCACUGUGUGCGUUACUUUUUAUAUGAUCCAUUUAUUGAAUCAUUGCGGGACUAGUGGUUACAGAAUUCGAUGAGGAAUAACAAUGAAAAAUUAAAAAAUCCUGAGUCUUUGUAAUGAUUUCGAUCAUUGUUAAUUUAUUGACUGUGAAUAGUGAAAUAAAGGAUGAAAGAAUAAAUAA